AUGGCUCCUUUACAAGCCCACUUGCCUAACGCAGACACCUUGGAUAACCUCCCUGCCUUCACUGUAGGGUUCACCAUCUUCGCUGUGGGCUUCUUUGGAUUCUACCCUCGCGACUCCGAUGCUGUUAUCUUGGAGCCACAUGCGCCAUUGAACCUCAACUUGAACGCCAUUCUGUUUUACAUCUUCCCACAUCUCAAUGUGUUGCACUUGUUGUUGAACCUCGCGUCUUUGGCGCCGCUCUUGGCUCGCUAUGAAAGAAGCCAUGGAACUGUGUAUACCGGUGUCACCAUGAACAUCUUGGCAGUCGUGGCGGCAUUGCAAUACUGUUUAUUGGGUCUAGUCUUGUACCCUACGCAGCAUGUGGCUGGCUUGCUGGGAAUCUUCUUCUCGCUUUUGUCGUUCUACUGCUACAAGGAGCACUUCACUCACCCCUCUGUGUACACAUUCCGUACACAGGGCAACGAAUUCCCAAUCCCAACGCUUUACGUCCCAUUCCUCUACUUGUGCUUGCUUGCGUUCCUUUUCCCCAACUCGUCCUUCUUUGGCCAUUUGGCGGGAAUCAGCGCUGGCUUCUUGCUUGCUAUGGGCAAGAUCAACUUUAUCCCUGUCAUCAGUACCUUGCACAACAUUGUUGUGUGGACUAGAGAAGAAGAAGCCGUCAACGAGCGCAAUGUGGGCUACAAGCCUUUGUUGACUGCCGAUGUCGAACAAGGCGAGUCCGCUUCAUUCGAGGGUUUCGAAAGAAGGUUGGGCAACUAA